CUUUAGUUUUCUCUCUAGUUUUGACUAUUUCAUCGUCCAAUUAGAGCGGGAAAUCCGAAAUUCAAAAAGAAAGAACACAUGAACACACUGACGCGACUCUCCAUCCUCCGCCUGUAAGCAACUGCAUUUCCACUUCCUGCCACCGCCACCGCCACCGCCACCGCCACCGCCACCAUCAAAACCCUAAAAUGGAAGAAAUAAUAUCAACAACAAUCUCAGACUUAGAAGAAUUAACCCAAACAAACCCCACAAACCCCCGAUAUCUCUCACUCACAACUCUCCAAAAUCUCCAAUCUUUACUAGACUCCAGAAACAAUCACGAAUUACUCGAACAAUUCUUCCUCGAACUCUCCUCAAAAUCAAUCUCAAUCUCGUCCCUUCUCACUCCAUUGACCUCAACAAUGGACUCCGGUCCGAUCAACCUCUCUUUAAUCUCCUCAAAAUGUUACUUAUCUCUCUUAUUAUCACCUAAUUCCCCCGUUUUCACUCUCUUCACUCCGAUAUCGUUCCUCUCCCUUCUCCGCUCCAUUCGCCGCUCUCUCAAACCCUCCGCCGUCGCUCCGGCGGACUCCAGCCGGUCCCGAGUCAAGAAGCGGAAGGGACGGAAGGCGAAUUGUAGUGAGGAAGUAGAAGGAAGCAGUGACGAGGGGGCUUUUGAUGUGAGGUUAUUUUUUAGUGUUUUGGAAAAAUUAGGGUUAGUUUUGGAUUUAAUUCAUUUAAAUAGGUUUCCUGACAGUUUAAAAUCUUUGAUUCAAACUGUCGCAGAAAUUCCGGUUUUACUGACGGAACUGGGAGGUUUCAACAGAUUGAAAGAUUUGUGUUCGGUUAUUUUGCGGGAAGUUCUUAAAUCUGAGCAUGGGGAGGAGAAGGAAACUGCAGCUGAGGUUUUGAAGUCGUUGACGCCGUUAAUGCUGGCCGUUAAAUCUCAGGCGAGGGUUUUUGCAUUGGGGUUUGUUAAGGAUUCAAUGAUGCGUUUGAGUAAACAGAACGACGGAGUUAAAGCAGCUGUUGUUAAUUUGCCGAGAUUUUUGAUACAGAAGGCGCCGGAGAAGGCGGAGGGGAGAGCAUUGGCUGUGGAGGCUGUAAUGGAAAUUGUGAAAUCGAUGGAGUUGGAAGAUCAAAUUGGGUUUGUUAAAUAUGUUGUGAAUAUGACACGAGGGAAAGCAAAUCUUAGGAUUUUGGGUGUUGAUUUGAUUUUAAAUUUGAUGAUGUCGUUAAAGGAUCCGUUUGGAGAGGAUUUAGAGUGUGAAGUUAAGGAUUCUUGGGGGUUUGAGUGCUUAGAGGCGUUGAUUCAGCGUUGCUCGGAUUCCGGUGCUGGAAUUCGAGCUCGGGCGUUGUCUAAUUUGGCUCAGUUGGUUGGGUUUUUGUUGAGUUAUGAUAAGAAUUGUGAUGUUUUGAAGAAAGUAUUGGGUUUGGAAGAGGGUGGUGAAGUAAUUGAAGGUAGGAUUAAUGAUAUUUUGAGGAAAAGGUGUAUGGAUGAGAAGGCUAAUGUUCGGAGAGCUGCACUUGCUUUGGUUAGCAAGUUGAUUUCUCUCAUGAACGGUAAUUUUGAUGGAAUUCUACUUAAAACUAUGGGAAUGGCUUGCUCUGAUCCACUCGUAAGUAUACGUAAAGCAGCAAUUUCAGCUCUUUCAGAGGCGUUAAGAAUGUUACCUGAUGAAAUUGUGGUAAUUGAGUGGCUGCACUCUAUUCCACGACUAAUAGCUGAUAAUGAAACCAGCGUUCAAGAGGAAUGUGAGAACUUGUUCCUUGAGUUAGUUCUGGAUCGCAUUUCUAAAGCAGGAUCUCCUGGUAAAACAGACAGUGAAUUCAGUUUCAAUCAUUCAAGUAUGAAAAAAAAAGAUAUAGAAAGGGAAAUUGAACUGUUAUUCCCAAAAGGAGUACUGGUUCUUUUGAAGGAGAUCUGCAAUGGAGAGGUGGCUCCUUGGGUGAGAAAAAUUUGUGCAAACUUGGGUAAAAAGAAAAAACUGAAGCCCAAAUUAGCUACUGCAUUGCAGAGUGUCAUAAAGACUUCUGAGUCUCUUUGGUUAAGUCAUUCCAAACCUAUAGAAAAGUGGAAUGCCCCUUUUGGUGCUUGGUUUCUUCUAUCAGAGGUGUCAGUUUACCUUGCAAAAGCAAUUGACUGGGAGUUUCUUUAUCAUCAUUGGAAGCUCCUUGACAAGUUUGGAGCAGCAUCUAGGGGUUCGCUUGGAAAAGAAAUUUUGCAUGAAGAUGAAGAGGGCUCAGAAGCAAACUCUGUUGCAUGGGCUGGGGAUCGUGUUUUCCUCCUGCAAACAAUCUCUAAUGUUUCAGUAGAGCUGCCGCCUGAAGCUGCAGCAGAUUUAGCUCAUAACUUGCUCAAAAGAAUUGAAGAAUUCAACAUGCACUCAACUGAGGUUAAUGCUCAUGUAAAGGCACUCAGAACAUUAUGUAAAAGGAAGGCUCAGAAUCCCGAGGAGGCUGAUGCACUUGUCAUGAAAUGGGCAAAACAAGUUCUCUCUAAAGCCUCCGAAAUGUUAGAAAAGUACGUUUCAGGGGAUCUGAAAGCAAAUAAUAGAAACAGUUUCUUUACGCCUCCUAGAAGUCAAAGCUCAGGAAAAAAAAGUGAAAGAUCAGAGCGCAAAAGAGGAGCUGCAGUAGUAACGGCUACUUACACCAUUGGGUCAUUAGUUACUGUUUGUCCUUCAGCUGAUAUCAGCACGAUUGUCCCUGUACUGCAUACCAUCAUUACUUCUGGAAAUGCUGAUCCAAAAUUGAGUAAAUUGCCAGGUCCUACUGUCUCUUUGAAACAGACAGCGCCAUCUUUGUACAUCCAGGCAUGGUUGGCAAUGGGGAAGAUCUGCUUAGCGGAUGGGAAGCUUGCAAAGCGUUAUAUUCCGUUGUUUGUGCAGGAGCUUGAAAAGAGUGACUGCGCAUCCCUUCGCAACAAUCUUAUCGUUACAAUGGCUGAUUUCUGUGUUCGCUAUACAGCUCUAGUUGAUUGCUAUAUACCAAAAAUCACAAAGUGUCUUCGAGAUCCAUGCGAACUUGUGAGAAGGCAGACGUUUAUAUUGCUGUCAAGACUGUUGCAGAUGGAUUAUGUGAAGUGGAGAGGAGUUCUCUUCCUCAGAUUCCUUUUAUCUCUUGUGGACGAGUCAGAAAAGAUUAAGCAGCUUUCUGAUUUUCUCUUUGGAAAUAUUCUGAAAGUGAAAGCACCCCUGCUAGCUUACAAUAGUUUCGUGGAAUCCAUUUAUGUUCUGAAUGACUGCGUGGCCCAUAAUGGACAUAAUGGAUCUAAGACUUCGCGGGCUGAGAACCGGCUUUUCUCCAUCAGGGGUAAUGAUGAAAGCGCAAGAGCUAAACGAAUGCACAUCUAUGUUUCUUUAUUGAAACAAAUGGCCCCGGAACACCUAUUGGCAACAUUUGCCAAGCUGUGUGCUGAGAUUCUUGCAGCUGCAUCAGAUGGCAUUCUUAACAUAGAAGAUAUCACAGGACAAGCUGUCUUGCAGGAUGCUUUUCAAAUUCUUGCCUGUAAAGAAAUCCGGAUUCCAACAGGACGCGGAUCCCAAGCUGAUGCUGGAGACAUAGAGGAAGAAGGCGGAGAUAGCGCCUCUGCCAAAGGAAAAGCUGUAACACAAGCAAUCAAGAAAAGCCUUAUACAAAACACAAUUCCCAUCUUUAUAGAACUUAAGCGACUACUCGAAAGUAAAAACAGUCCCCUCAUUGGCUCCCUCAUGGACUGUCUCAGAAUACUUCUCAAAGACUACAAGAACGAGAUCGACGACAUUUUAGUUGCCGACAAGCAACUCCAGAAAGAGCUGAUUUAUGAUAUGCAAAAAUAUGAAUCAACCAAAGCCAAAUUUGCAGCAGCUGAAGCUAGCACUUUUCUGUCUCCUAAGACUGGAAACAGAACACGUACAUUGCAUAAGGACUCGAGAGUUGCUUCAGCAAUGGCCGAUGCUGCUGCUGCAGCCAAAGUGCGGUCUGUUCUCAAAGAUAUGAACCGAGGUAACCCAACACCUCCGCUUAGUGCCAUUAGUGCGCCGAAACUCAAGUCGGGUCAGGUUGCUGGUGGUAGUCGAAUUGAUCGACCAAUGGAUGUGUUGGAAUCUUUGAGAAGGAGACAGUGUUUCAAUUCUGACGAUGAAAGCUGAUGUUGAUAUAAGCUCAUUUUCCUACAUGUCGGGUGGCCACGGUGGCAGUUCCGGUUCUGAUUCUAAACCUGUGGGGUUGCAAGAGAAAUGGAACCGGCCCUGAACCAUCCCUACCCCUCGUCACUGUAAUUUAUUUUGUAAAUAUAAUUCUGUUAAUAAAAUUCUUAACUGUUUA